GGUUUAGGGUUUUAUUGAAUCAGCAAACUGCAAAAGCAAAGGACAGCUUCAACUUUCAGCAAUGGCCGCAAAGAAGAGUCCCCGUAAUCCAGAGCUGAUUCGUGGAGUGGGAAAACUUUCCCGUUCCAAGAUGUACCACAAAAAGGGUCUAUGGGCAAUCAAGAAGAAAAAUGGCGGCUCUUUCCCCGUCCACCAAAAAGCCGCCGCCGCUGCACCACCGGCCGUCAAACCACCCAAAUUUUACCCAGCCGAUGACGUGGCAAAACCCCUUGUCAACAAACACAAACCAAAACCUACGAAACUCAGAGCAAGUAUUACACCUGGAACUGUGCUUAUUAUCCUUGCUGGUAGGUUUAAGGGUAAGAGAGUUGUGUUUUUGAAACAGCUUAAAUCUGGGCUUUUACUUGUGAGUGGACCAUUUAAGCUUAAUGGUGUUCCUUUGAGGCGUGUGAAUCAAGCUUAUGUUAUUGGUACUUCAACUAAAGUGGAUAUUUCUGGUGUGAAUGUUGAGAAGUUUGACGAUAAGUAUUUUGCUAAGCAAGCUGAGAAGAAACAGAAGAAGGGUGAGGGAGAGUUCUUUGAAGACAAGAAAGAGGAGAAGAAGAAUGUGCUUCCUCAGGAAAAGAAGGAUGAUCAGAAAGCUGUGGAUGAAUCAUUGAUCAAGGCCGUUGAAUGUGUUCCUGAAUUGAAGGCUUAUUUGUCAGCUAGGUUCUCCCUCAAGUCGGGCAUGAAACCCCAUGAGCUUGUCUUUUAGGCUGUGAGAUGUUUAAAAUACUCUUUAUGAAAUUGAUUUUGUUAGAUUUAUUUUGGUUUAUGUUCUGUUUUGGACCUGCUUUUAGUCGUUGUAUUGAGGAUUUUGUUGGCUAUAAACAUCUUAAGUUGGCUGCAAUGUGAGAUUUGCUCUUCCUUUAUCUUGA